AUGAACACAGACCUUCAACAACUGCGUGUUCCUCAAGCCCAUGUCUGCAGUCCUCUGACCAUCGCAGUCCAGUCCACGCUGAUGUCCGGCUCCUGCGUCCAGUCGCGUGGUCCCAAACCUCCUGUGGCGCCCAAGCCCAAACGCCCACUGAGUAAUGGAGACGUGACUCACAGCAACGGGGACCGCCAGGGCUUCCACUUUCAGCCAGAGGACAAACUGGAGACGUACGAAGAGGGAGAGGUUUUCCAUCACGACGAUGCCACGGGAGAGAAAGAGUGUUCGAAGAAAGACCAGGAGGAUCUGUGCAAUGAUGAGGACAGCGUUGGAUCUGAUGAAACGGUCAAAGCAGAUGCUACUGAAGAGAACAUGUGUCAGGAUAUGUUCCUACCUGAAGGUGGCGCUCUCACUGACGAUGAGCUGUCCACCACACCUUUACCGUACACUACUGACACAGAGGAGAGUGGAGAUGAAGACGUUAGAGGAUCCACUUUGUACCAGACCUUAAAUCAGGGGGAAGUUGACAAUGACCUCGACCACAGUAAACCGUGUGGUGAGAUAGAAGCAGAUGGUUUUGACUUUGGAUUCAGCCUUCUUCCCACAGUCACAGAAGAGAAUACAUACGAUAUGAUUGGUCCGGUAGAUGACGCUAGUGACACAUGUGAGUCGUGUGGAACUGUGGAGACUGGAGAUGUGGAAGUAUGGCAGCCGGAACGAGCCACCAAGGAUCUUUCUGGUUGUUUCCGAUUCACCGCCAGCACCGAGGAUGUAUUUGGACCUUACUCCGUCAUUGAAUCGGUUCCAACGAAUACAAACGACACUGCUGACCCAGAGUGGGAGCAGGACAAUGCAGAUGACGAACCAACAGAAGUGCAAACACAUGAAACUACAAACCCAGAGCCUUUUUAUGUGUCAUCUGAUGAUGUCGACAAAAUGGAGGAUAAGCAAAUCCUUGCAGGGAACGAGAUGACUGAGAUGGACAGAGGCGGUGAGUCAACCGAUGAGUAUGCAGACAUCGAUGAAUCUUAUUGCCCUAAAGAUGAUAACUUUGAGCAUCUUGAAGGUGUCUCAUCAGAGGACUAUGUUGAGAUCGGUGAUGAGGAGACGGAGGAAGAAUCUGAAAAGGAGUCUAUCAAAGGUAAAAGUACAAAAGAGAGAACCUCCUUACAAGAAGAGGCCUUACAGAGUCAGAGAAGAAGCUGCCAGCCUCGGCUCAGGCUCUGCAACAUUACUGUACCGGCUGAUUUAGACUUGGGACGAACCCCGGAACUUACGAACAGAGUUGUGUUUGCCCACACCACCGAGGCCUUCGAGGAGGACAUUGAGGAGCUGGACUGCCAUAUCGUGCCUUACUAUGAAGACUCAGACUCUGACAGCGAGGAGCAUAUUUACGAAGAGGCUGGCUUCGACUCUGAGGGGGAGAACUUUCUGAUGUUAGAUCGUAAGUCUAUAGUAACAAGGUCACGGUCUUAUUCGGGUAAAGUUCCAGGAUACGUCCCAGAGACCGUCCCAGAAGAGACGGGGACAGAAUACCAGAACAAUGAUUACUACUCUGUUGCUUUGGAGAAGGGCGACGAAGCCGAGCAGCUGAAAGUGAACACCAUUAUCCCAACCACAAAAUCUCGCCGCUUCUUGUUAUCGUCACAAUCAGCCGAUGGUCCUGAGCUGACAUUAUCCACAUCUUCUGAAUUUGGAUUUUCUAAAGAUGAGGUGAAAAUAAAGCGUAAAGAUGAUACUCUGUCUCUUCCUUGCGUGAUGACCUCUUCAGGCAGUUUCUCCCAAAGGAGCUGCCAUUCCUCCAGUGGGGUCUCCACACCGACGUCUUUAGCAGAGAUACCGCCCCCAUUUGAAUUAGCCUUCAUCACCAAAAGACCAGUUACCAAGAGUUCCCCUGCCCUCUUGAUCCACCAUGAGCCUAAUGACCAAAACAAGAAAAAAAAAACCUCAUUCAAGCGCUUUUUGACACUGAAGUUCAAAAGAAAGUCAGACUCCAAAGGGUUUAGUGAAGGAAGUGUCCGUUCAUCGCGGUCGUCGUCUGAGUCAAGCCAUCAUGGUCCUUCAAGAGUCAUCGAGCUGGACCGUAGGAGCACCGGGAGCUCUCCUCAACUCCUCUCUCAUGUAGUCAACUCCCGUUCAUCAGACCUUCCAUCCACCAUCGUCCUCCAUAAAGACAAGCAGACGAGGAAAGGGGAAUUUAAAUGUUAUGGGAGGGGUGUCGCCAGAGGAGAAUCUUUCGAAGAUCGCUCACGCCACUCCAUGCUGUCUUUGCCCCUGACCAAACCACGGUCCAUCUCCUUUCCCAGUGCAGACACUUCCGAAUAUGAAAACAUACCAGCAAUGAGUGCAGAGUAUGAGAAUAUUCAGAUCCCUGGGAGGCCAACCCGGUCACACACUGUCACAGGAUUCUUUGAGAAUCCAAACCGAAUAACACAGCAGUGCAAUGACAACGAUGGAUAUGUGGAUAUGAACAGUUUCCCCGGGAUUGAAAGCAAGAUCCCUAAAGACGAGUCUGAAAGGUAA